AAGUACCGAAAAGUACCAAAAUACAUUUUGGUACUGGUACUGGUGUCAGGCUUUGGUUUUUCCUUUGUGUUUUAUUUCCUGUCAGGGCUCUUAUUUUGGUUCCUUUUCCUGCACGUCUCCCUGAGCGCUCGUUUCCCCUCACUUGUACCUGAUUGGCAGUUGCCAAUCAGGCCACUAUUUAUACCCGCCUCGCCCUCCAGUCAGGGCUGGAGUAUUGCAGGCUGUGUUCUGUAUGCUGAUAGCUGUUUGCAGCUUCCUGUCUCCUAGUUCCUCGUUUCCUGUUUGCCUGUUUCCUGGUUCCUGAUUCCGGUUCCCCCGCAUUUUUAUUUUUGACAUUAAAAGUCAUGUUUUCCUCCAACAAGCCUGCCGUCUCUGCAUCUCGGGGUUCGUCGCCAAUAUUCCCGACAACCGGUACCAAAAUAUUGGCAUGGGGACAAGACUAAGUCCAAAUAUAUGGAGAUACACUUUCUGCUCCUUAUCCUAGUAAAGAUGCUUCUUGGCUAAUUUAGCAGGUGAUCAAAGACCAGGUUGACCUUUGAAUCCUAUAGAUGUGUGAGAAGUGCACUCAGAAGUCAAUGAGAGUAGCAACCAUGUUGACUCCUGCCUGAGAGAAUGUGCUAACGAGGUCGCCUCAUAAAGACCGGCAAUUAUGGCCUCGUUAACACUCCGCCGCUUGCCACCUUUGUGUGGGCACAAAGAGGAGGCGUGACACGCCUUCGCAAGAUGAUUGAGCUUUAAGCGGCCGCCGGGUAGGAAGGACCAGGACGAGGACGAGGACGAGGACAAGGACAAGGACAAGGACCAGGACCAGGACCAGGACCAGGAGGAGGAAGUGGUGCUGAUGAGAGGCAGGCAGACAUCCAUCUUGACACAGCAUCAGCAGCCAUGAGAACGUCCGUCUCCGUGACGACGACCCCCGCCGCGGACAAAGGUGUGUCGUGGGGGCGGGACCUGUACACCUUUGUGUCGUCGGCAGCGGGUCACAUGAUGCGGACCCUCCAGAAACCCCGCAAGAGCCGAGCGUCCAAGCGGCGUGUCAACCACCGCCGCUUCCUGCACAACAUGAUCCAAAGGAAGUUUGCAGACAUGGAGGCGGCCAAUCACAGACUGGCGUCGUCUCUCUACCUAAAGGAGGCGGGUACCUCGUCACAUGCCUCACCUGAGCGGUCACCAGAACCCAAGAGUCCGAGGGACGCACAGGAAGUCCCCGGCAGCGUGACAGACGGCGAGGACGAGGGCCCGCCCACGCCCUCCUGUGAUUGGUCCGCCCAGAUGCUCCCGGAGCAGGUCCAGGACAACAUGGCCGACAUGACGGCGGGCGAGUGGGACGACUUGAUGGCGUUCUUCGGGGACGUGGACGCCUGCUUGGACGGCGAGGAGGAGCGUUGCCACGGUGACGACGGACGCCUCACUGGCACCGUGGAGGACCAGCACUCGGCCCCGCCUCUUCCCAGCUGCCCACACCAGCAGGUGUCUUUUGGGGGCGUGGCUCAGUCCUUUCUGGCCCCUCCCUCUCAUGGCGAGCUGCGUUACCUAGCAACGCCGCCCCCUGAGGACCAGCUGCCCUUUGACGACAUCCUGGAAGACAGGAAGUCAGUUGACUUCCUGUAA